UUCUUCCAAAAUAAUCGCGCUUUGUGAAGCCAACAUGUCGGCGCCCAUGGAGGUAGUGCUAUCCGCCGAUUCGGCGAGUCAGCUGUGGAACUGCGCGGUUUUCGACCCGCACACCUCAACCAACCUGCUGUCCUACCGCGGCGGAAACUCCUCCCCCCGCGCGCUCACCGUCCUCAACGGAGAGUACAUACUGGGAGCCCAGCUGGGCAAGAACUUCAUCAACGUGUGGGAGAUACAAAGAAAGGAUCAGCUGCAGCAGAAAAUUGUGUGUCCUGGGAUUGUCACCUGCCUAACAGCGUCUCCCAACGGCCUGUAUGUGCUGGCAGGCAUUGCUGAAGCUAUAUACCUGUGGGAGGUCUCAACAGGAAACCUGCUGGUCAUUUUGAAUCGUCACUAUCAGGACCUGAGCUGCGUGCACUUCACAGAUGACAGCAGCCACUUCGUGUCGGGAGGAAAGGACAAUCUGGCGCUUGUAUGGAAUCUCGCCAGUGUUGUGCAGGUGGAUUCCUCUCAUGAUCCAGAGCCUCGCCACGUGUUGUCCCGUCACUCUCUUCCAAUCACGGACAUCCACUGUGGUCUGAUGGGACCUCAGGCCAGAGUAGCUACUGCAUCCUUAGACCAGACUAUUAAGCUGUGGGAAAUUUCCUCCGGGGAGAUGCUUCUGUCUGUCCUGUUUGAUGUCAGCAUCAUGUCUGUGACCCUUGACCCCUGCGAGUAUUUUGCAUACUGUGGAGGAAGUGAUGGAAGUAUCUUUCAGGUGUCGCUCUGCAGCACGGCUUUAAGCCGGGAGAAGACGUUCCAGUCAGACAGCGAAGGCAAUCAGGUGUUCAAAGGCCACAGGAACUUGGUGACGUGUCUAUCCGUGUCCAUGGACGGCACACUGCUGCUGUCAGGUUCCCACGACGAGACGGUGAGGAUGUGGGACGUUCAGAGCAAGCAGUGUAUCCGCUGCAUCAACCACAAAGGUCAGGUCACCAACGCUGCAAUCAUUCCAGCCCCUGCCAACAUGUUCCUGCCGGACAGCCGGCCCGCCAUUCCGCUGCCUCGCUUCAGCCGCCACCUCAACCCCACUGAGCAAGGCGAGGGAGCCGGGACCGGAGGAGUGUGUCUGAGACUGGGGACCAGCUGCCAGGAGCCGGAGGAGACCUAUCUGGAGAAGGCGGAGCGUCUUCAUUCUCUCAUGUGCGCCGUCACGGACAAGAGUGUGUUCGGCGAUGGAGAGAACACUAAAGUUCGUGUGUCAGAGUUGGAAGAAGAGGUGAGGACCCUGAAGAAAAUCAACAAGGACCUGUACGAGUUCUCCACACAGCUCCUUACCAAACCUAAUUAAGAGCUACAGAGAGACAGCUCUUUGUUUUUUUAGCAGAGGUUAAAGAGCUGUACCUGGUUUAAAAAAGAGGACAUCUGUGAACAGCAGCAGCAGCGGGGUUUCAGUUACAAUUUCAAAAAUGUAUAAUUGCUAACGUAUUCCGAAUCUGUUUUUCUGAAUACGUGAUGUGUCUUCUUUUUCUGUGUCCAGUUUUUGAAAUACUCACCUUUUUUAUUGUGGGUAAUAAACAGUUGAACAGGAUUUCAUUAUCAUUCAUUGGUCACAUUAAACUGUUACUGUAGUAUCAGAGAAUAGAUGGAAGUUAGUCCUUUUUUCUAUCCUUCUUUUUUUUUCUUUUCUUUUUUUAAGAGAAAAACACUUGGACUCCUGUCAUCUUUUUCCUGCAGAAAUUGACCAUUUCAUGUGUUUGCAUCAUUCAUUUUAAUCUUUCUUGGUCUGAGACCUUCCCCCUCGUCCAGCACGCUCUUACUGUCUCCCAUGAGAAUGUAGUGAAGACUCUGUAGUGAAGUUAAAGGAGGAAAACAGAACUGGAUGGUCUUUCUUUUUCUGUGAUUUUUUUUUUAUAUUUUUUUAUUUUCAAGCUAUAAUCCAACUGAGCAAACAGCUGAAUUCCCCUUCUUUGUGACAUUCGACUGGUCCCAUGACUUUUGGCAUGUCCCAUGGAAGCUAAACUGUAUGCAACACUGACCUGUAGAACAGGACAUGUGGUGGAUCUUCUGCAUUCACUUUUCUGUUUGCACAGAAACGAAAGCUACGAUGAAUAUCACCCACUGCUCUGUCUACUGGGGGAGGUAAUGCCUUUAAUGGUACAGUAUAGUUCUAAUACAUACGGCUCUGGAAAAAAGUAAGAGACCACUUCAGUUUCUGAAUCAGUUUCUCUGAUUUUGCUAUUUAUGGGUAUAUGUUUGAGUAAAAUGAAUGAAUUAAUGAAUUUCUCCCAAAUUCCAAUAAAUAUUGUCAUUUAGAGCAUUUAUUUGCAGAAAAUGAGAAAUGGCUGAAGUAACUAGAAACUGAUGCAGAGCUUUCAGACCUGAAAUAAUGACCUCAAAAAUCAAUAUUUGGUGGAAUAACCGUGGUUUUUAAUCACAGUUUUCAUGCAUCCUGGCUUGUUCUCCUCCAUCAGUCUUACACACUGCUUUUGGAUAACUUUAUGCCACUCCUGGUGCAAAGAUUCAAGCAGUUCUUUCUCUUGAUUAUAAUCUAGAGCUUUUCAGGUUUUCAGAUUGCCAGUCAAGUGCCAAUCAGGGGUCUCAAAACAUGGCGGUACCGGAAGCUCAAAACUAGUAUCAAUAGCAACACAAGAAUAAGCUGUUUUGAAAUGGCAGCAAAGAUUUUACCUUUUUUUUUUUCUUUUUUUUUUGGGUGCAACCAGCAUACUCAGCUCUCCUGCUCAUACCACAAAUGCAUGUUCCUCACAUAUGUGUCUCCAUUUGAAAGAUAAAUGAAUAGGCUUUCUGACAAUAUAAGAUUCAUAGCCAGGAAGCGUUGUUACAACAAAAAAAUACUAAUAAAACAAACUUUUCCUUUUUACUUUUGUGCUGUUUUAUAUGUAGACCACCCUUUUUUUAAAAAAUAUAAAUUCAAGUCUUCACCCUAUGCAAGCGAACGUCAGAAUUUUCCUCUCUUUGAUCUGAACCUCCUCUGCCUCCAAGUUAACUUCAGCUAUAUGCUGGGCCUAAUGCUCUGUAAACAUGUUUCAUCGUGGGCAUCGUGGCUUAUUUGCCCGGGAACGGAUCUUCCUCAGCGAGAGUUGUCAAGUCAUGCUUCCCCUUUUCUCUCGCCGCUAAGCCGCCCUCUGCCUGACCUGCUCAAACAUCCUUCCCUCUGUAGUUUGCUCGUUUCUCCUGAAGCUACACAUCUCACACCACCUCAUUUAAAGGAAGCGGGGGGUGGUGGGGGUGGGGAAUUAUGUUUUUGCCUCCAAAAGAAGAAAAAAGUGAAAAAAAGAAAUAAAUAAGAGAAAAUCAUCAACAUUCUGCAGGCACAGUGUUCCAAACCAAGGCAGCACUUCCAGAUUUUUAUCUGGUUAACUCAUUUAGGCUCCGCGAUGGAGAUCUGAAUGUCUGGAGUCUCGUCAUCUUAAAGCGGAGAGAGGGGGAUAAGGACUGAUAACAGCCGGCGCCUCCUCUCAGCGCUUUCCCCUUUGAAGAAUGUUCUGUUUGAGCAGCUCCUGUUCCCGUGCAGAAAAGAGGGGUUUUUUUGGGGGGCGUUCAGGAUGGUUUCCUCACCUCUGUAUGUGGUUCGACUUUGGAUAUUCGCUGAGGUUUGACUAUCAGCUCGUGUAAAAGGAGGAGCUGCGGGGCGAAAAACAGGGGGGGCUCUUGUGUUAAAUCGUUGUUUGAUCUUCUGGAAAGAAAGCAAUGUGUUUUUUUCUUCUUUUUAUAUCUUGUGCUGUUUUUCUUCUGAUAAUAAAACUUUUGUUUGCA